CCCAGCAGGGAUUCCCAGUGACUCCAGUGACUCCCAGUGACUCCCAGCAGGGAUUCCCAGUGAUUCCCAGUGACUCCCAGCACUGAUUCCCAGCAGGAAUUCCCAGCGGGACACCGGGUUAGCAUGACCGAGGUGGAACCCGUGCUGGACUUCGCAUCCUCCGGCAGGACGGGCCGGCGCAAUGCCCUGCCCGACAUCCUGGGCUCGCCUGCCGGCGUCAGCCCCGCCGACCUGCCCCUCAAACUGGCCGAGAUGUCCCUGAGCGCAGGCAGUGCCCAGGACAUGCAGUCGCCCUCAGCGGAGGCGCCCCCUCCGCAGCCGCCCAGCCCCGAGCUGAAGGACACGUCCUAACCCCGCCCGGGGGGACAUUUGUGACCGGCGGAGGAAGGAGGGGGCUGCGGGCACCAGCCCAGCUCUCCUGGCUCGGCCGGAGCCCGCUGGGAUUUCCUCGGUGCUGCCGCAGCGGGACCCCGGAGCGUCCCCCCGGCCGUGCGGGA